UGACUGGGAAUUGAACCCCGAUUGCCUGGAUCCUAGGUCGACGCUCAACCACUGAGCCACGCCUGGCCGGGCUCACAGAAUUUUAAACUUAAGUUAUUGAAGCUAAAUAAUGACACAUUUAGUAAAAACAAUAUAGUGGUAUUAUUAUAGUACUUCUCUGAAUGAUAACUCUGAUUUUAUUUUAACCAAUAGGAGCAAUUUGGUGUGUUCUCUUUACUGAAUUUUUUCACAGAGCUAAGUAAUAAGAUUCUUAAAUAGUAUUUUAUAAGUAUUUUAUAUCUUUAUGUAUAAUUUAGUGAUUGUUCUCUACUUCAGAAAUGAGACAAUGAAACACAAGAUAAAAUUGGAAGGAGGAAGGAGAGAUGCAAAGAAGGAUAUUUUUUAGAGCUUUAUCUUCCAGUUUUUAUGUUCUGUUUUGAGAAAAACUAUUUUAUCUUUGCAGGAAAGAUGAAGAACGAAAUUGCUGCCGUUGUUUUCUUUUUCACAAGGCUAGUUCGAAAACAUGAUAAGUUGAAAAAAGAGGCAGUUGAGAGGUUUGCUGAGAAAUUGACUCUCAUACUUCAAGAAAAAUAUAAAAAUCACUGGUAUCCUGAAAAACCAUCAAAAGGACAGGCCUACAGAUGCAUUCGUGUCAAUAAGUUUCAGAGGGUUGAUCCUGACGUCUUGAAAGCCUGUGAGAACAGCUGCAUCUUGUACAGUGACCUGGGCUUGCCAAAGGAACUCACUCUGUGGGUGGACCCAUGUGAGGUGUGCUGUCGGUAUGGAGAAAAAAACAAUGCAUUCAUUGUUGCCAGCUUUGAAAAUGAGGAUGAGAACAAGGAUGAGAUCUCCAAGAAAGUUACCAGGGCCCUUGAUAAGGUUACCUCUGAUUAUCAUUCAGGAUCCUCUUCUUCAGAUGAAGAAACAAGUAAGGAAGUAGAAGUGAAAUCCAGUUCGAUGACUGCAACUCCAAGCCCCAUGUACCAGAUUUCAGAAUUGAUAUUCCCGCCUCUUCCAAUGUGGCACCCUUUGCCCAGAAAAAAGCCAGGAAUGUUCCGAGGGAAUGGCCAUCAUCAGAGUCACUACCCUCCUCCUGUUCCAUUUGGUUAUCCAAAUCAGGGAAGGAAGAAUAAUAAACCAUAUCGCCCAAUUCCAGUAACAUGGGUACCUCCUCCUGGAAUGCAUUGUGACCGGAAUCACUGGAUUAAUCCUCACAUGUUAGCACCUCACUAGCUGCUUUUGAUUCUGUUGGUGUUGAAAGAAAGUAGAAUAAGCCUGAUUACAUAUUAAAAGUUAAAAAUUCAUACUCAUAGUAGUAAAGUUAGAUGGGUUAAACCAUCAAACUUAUUUUUAUAGAGAAGUUAUUGAGAAUAAUCUUUCUAAAAAAAUAUAUGCACUUUAGAUAUGUUGGUAUAGUUUGAGAAAUUUUAUUAAAGUUAGUCAAGUGCCUGAGUUUUUAAUAUUGGAUUUGAGUAUUUAUAUAUUGUGCAUCAACUUUGUUGCAUACGAGAACACUGUAGGAGUGGACGACCUGUUCUAGCACCUUUGAGCAUUUACUUUAUGGAGAGUAUGUAAGUUAUUUAUACACAAGGAAAUAUAUUUUAUGUCGUUUUAGAAGAAUUGUGUGAAAUCAUGUAGUUGCAAAUAAAUAGUUUGAGGCAUGGCAA